AUGUAUCUCUCUAUCCCUCACUCUUAUCUAUCUAUCUAUCUAUCUAUCUAUCUAUCUAUCUAUCUAUCUAUCUUAAUAGUUAUGUAUCUCUCUAUCCCUCACUCUUAUCUAUCUAUCUAUCUAUCUAUCUAUCUAUCUAUCUAUCUAUCUAUGUAUCUUAAUAGUUAUGUAUCUCUCUAUCCCUCACUCUUAUCUAUCUAUCUAUCUAUCUAUCUAUCUAUCUAUCUAUCUAUCUAUCUAUCUAUCUAUCUUAAUAGUUAUGUAUCUCUCUAUCCCUCACUCUUAUCUAUCUAUCUAUCUAUCUAUCUAUCUAUCUAUCUCUCUAUCUAUCUAUCUAUCUAUCUUUGUAUCUUAAUAGUUAUGUAUCUCUCUAUCCCUCACUCUUAUAUCUAUCUAUCUAUCUAUCUAUCUAUCUAUCUAUCUAUCUAUCUAUCUAUCUAUCUAUCUAUCUUAAUAGUUAUGUAUCUCUCUAUCCCUCACUCUUAUCUAUCUAUCUAUCUAUCUAUCUAUCUAUCUAUCUAUCUAUCUAUCUAUCUAUGUAUCUUAAUAGUUAUGUAUCUCUCUAUCCCUCACUCUUAUCUAUCUAUCUAUCUAUCUAUCUAUCUAUCUCUGGUUAGCGUGACCUUUUCAACGUUUAGAAAAAACAUCACAGGCAUUCAUUGUGUUAAAAGCAAUAAAAUCAACAAAAAAGCCUCAUUUCCUCGACUAACUCAUAAUGCAUCCAUACCUUUUUUUUUUAUUAGCGCUAAAACGCCCGUUCGAUGUUUUUUAAACAAAUGA